GUGUGAUUUCAUGCUCAUUCCAUUUGGAGCACUUGUUGCGUGCGAGAAGAUUCCGGCUGGCAAAUUACAUCAUUUUAAAGUCGGAGAUGAAAAUGUCACCGCAUGGAUGUCUUAGUUUCGGAUGGGGUUUCCUAAUCAUCGCCCUCGGACUGGGCUUUACACCCACUCUCGGCUGGAUGGCGCACUUUCGUCCAUCUGCGUUAAAAUUACAUAUGGAUCGCGGUGAUCGAGUCAAGCUUACCCUAGAAAAUCUGGCACCUUCGACAUUGCAGCAGCCGGCACGGUAUCAAUUCCGCAUGGAAAGUGCAAAUACCGAUUUGGCCAGUGUUCCGGGAGAGAAUUCCACAAUACCUCUUGACGUCUUCAACACGGAAACACGCGAUUGGACAGGUGACAUACUGGUGAAUGCCCAUUUCUUGGGCCAGACAAAGAUCCAAGUUAGGCUGUAUGAUAACCAACUGAACACCAGUGAAUUGCCCACCCAUUGGAGCAAUGACAGCACGCUGGACGUGAAGAUCCAGCGCCCGAAUCGUGUUUUGGAUCAUGUCUUUUUGGGCUCCAUUAUACUGCUGAUGUCGCUGCUGUACAUCAACUUUGGAGCCGCUUUGAAUCUGGAAGUGCUGAGGGGACUGAUCGUCCGGCCAACUGGGCCGUGUAUUGGAUUUAUUAUGCAGGUGGUGGGCAUGCCUCUGUUGAGCUAUGCCCUGGGCGUAUUCAUAUUUCCCCAAGCACCGGCAAUGCAGCUGGGACUCUUCUUCACCGGCAUCUCGCCCAGCGGCGGAGCAUCAAACACCUGGACCGCUGUGCUGGGUGGAAAUAUACAUCUGUCUGUGCUUAUGACCACCGUUUGUAAUGUGGCCGCCUUCGCCACCAUGCCCCUGUGGGUGCUCACACUUGGCCAGCUGAUCUUCGAGCGGGCGGGCAUCCAAGUGCCCUACCGGAAGAUUGCCACUUACUGCGGCAGCCUGAUUUUUCCACUUUUAGUAGGUCUGCUGGUCCAGAAACGACUGCCACGGAUUGCCAAGGUUUUGGUUCGCCUGCUCAAGCCCAUCUCCGCCUGCCUUAUCCUGUUCAUCGUUAUCUUCGCCAUCAUUACGAACUUCUAUCUAUUCUAUUUGUUUUCGUGGCAGAUCGUUGUAGCUGGCAUAGCUCUGCCAAGCCUGGGCUACAUCUUUGCCUGGCUGGCGGCCAAGUUGCUUCAUCAAAAUGCAGCCGAUGCCCUGACCAUUGCCAUUGAGACAGGUAUCCAGAAUACAGGCAUAGCCAUCUUCCUGCUAACAACCACACUGGAAUCGCCGGAGGCGGAUCUAACCACAGUGGUGCCGGUUUCAGUGGCCGUGAUGACACCGUUCCCAUUGCUGGGGAUCUAUCUUUACAAACGAUGCUGUGCACCUAAAACACAUGAGGCCAACGCUUCCGAAUCGGAGCGAAUUGUAUAAAUUUUGAAAUGCUGACUUCGCAUUCAUAUUUUGAUAGCUGUUGCAAUAUUUGUUAUAAUAGUUUUUGUACAUAUUGGUAUUUUUUAUACAUUAUACAUUCUAGUAUUAGUAGACAAGGCUAAGAUUCAGUCGCACAAUAUUUGGGGACCAACGAAUCUGAUAAAUCUCAUGCGUAUUAUACUCUACAUUUUUCCACACCCAAGUGCUUUGAAUUUACACUUUUAAAUUAAAGUGAUAUAACUUUAUCAAACGAAA